CCGCUCCGCUCCGCGCCCCGCGCUCCCGGCAGCCGCCAGAGCCCGCCCCGCGCCGCGGGGCCGCGCCGCCCGCCGCCGCCAUGUCCGGCGGCGACUCCACGGCCGCGGCCGCCGCCGCCUCCCCGCAGCCGCUGCCGUUCUCGCUGCCGAAGCCGCCGCCCCUCAUGCAGCUGACGCCGGGCGACGCCGUGCGGCCGGUGGGCUCGGGCGCCGACCAAUCGCCGAAGAGCGCGCGGCUGGCGGCGCGCCCCGAUUGGCCGGCGGGGAAGCCCGUCAGCCUGCUGGCGCCGCUGCUCCCGCCCCGCGGCGAGCCCGAGCCGCUGCUGCCCUUCGGGCCCGCGGCGCCGCGGCCGCCGCUGCGCGGGCGCCUGCUGGGCCGCUGCGGCGGCUCCCUGCUCAGCCCCGCCAUGCGGCCCGGCGCCGUCGACCGCGGCUCGCUCAUGAUGGGCCACCCGGGGAUGCCCCACUACCCCCCCAUGGGGAUGCACCCCAUGGGCCAGAGACCUCCCAACAUGCCCCCGGUGCCCCACGGGAUGAUGCCGCAGAUGAUGCCCCCCAUGGGAGGGCCCCCCAUGGGGCAGAUGCCUGGAAUGAUGCAGUCGGUGAUGCCUGGAAUGAUGAUGUCCCACAUGUCCCAGGCUGCCAUGCAGCCCACGGUUCCUCCAGGAGUGAACAGCAUGGAUGCACAAGUAGGUGUGACCCCUCCUGGGACACAGACAACGCACCCCGUGGUCUCCACAGUGCAGCAGAGCUCCACCACCCCCAGCUCUGCCAGCGAGGAGCACUCCAAGCAGAAAUCCACGUGGACGGAGCACAAAUCCCCGGAUGGAAGAACUUACUACUACAACACCGAGACCAAGCAGUCCACGUGGGAGAAGCCAGAUGACCUCAAAACCCCUGCUGAGCAAUUGUUGUCCAAGUGUCCCUGGAAGGAGUAUAAAUCAGAUUCUGGGAAACCUUAUUAUUACAAUUCCCAAACAAAGGAAUCCCGCUGGGCAAAACCCAAAGAGCUGGAGGACCUUGAAGCAAUGAUUAAAGCUGAAGAAAACAGCACGAAGCCGGAGGAUGCGGCCGCCGCCGCCUCGGCUCCGGCCGCGGCCGGGGAGGCUCCGAGCGGGGCCAGCGCGGCCCCGGCCGCCGAGAGCGCCGCGGCCACGGCUGCUCCCACGGGAGCUGCUCCCGAGGGGGAGUCUGCCCCGGCCGCUGCCGCGGGGGACACGGACACUGCCGGCACGGCCGCGGCCGAGGAGCAGGGCCAGGGCAGCGCCGCCCCCGGCACGCAGGACGGCAGCGCGGACACCGCGGCGGCCGCCACGGACGAGGCCAAGCAGGAGGCCUCGGGAGAUGCUGCUGCAAAGAAGGAGGAUGAGGAUGCCCAACCAGUUAAAAAAACCUACACAUGGAACACAAAGGAAGAGGCCAAACAAGCAUUUAAAGAACUGUUAAAAGAAAAGCGGGUUCCAUCCAAUGCUUCCUGGGAGCAGGCCAUGAAAAUGAUCAUUAAUGACCCCAGAUACAGUGCUUUGGCAAAGCUGAGUGAAAAGAAGCAGGCCUUUAAUGCCUACAAAGUUCAGACAGAGAAGGAGGAGAAGGAAGAAGCCAGAUCCAAGUACAAGGAAGCCAAGGAAUCCUUCCAGCGCUUCCUGGAAAACCAUGAGAAGAUGACAUCCACCACCAGAUACAAGAAAGCUGAACAGAUGUUUGGGGAGAUGGAAGUGUGGAAUGCCAUAUCCGAGCGGGACCGGCUGGAGAUUUAUGAGGAUGUUCUGUUUUUCCUGUCCAAGAAGGAGAAGGAGCAAGCCAAGCAGCUGCGGAAGAGGAACUGGGAAGCUCUGAAGAACAUCCUGGAUAACAUGGCCAACGUCACCUACUGCACCACCUGGUCAGAGGCCCAGCAGUACCUCAUGGACAACCCCACCUUUGCCGAGGAUGAGGAGCUCCAGAACAUGGACAAGGAGGAUGCCCUGAUCUGUUUUGAGGAACAUAUCAGGGCCUUGGAGAAAGAGGAGGAGGAAGAGAAGCAGAAAAGUUUGCUGAGGGAAAGGAGGAGGCAGCGUAAAAACAGGGAAUCUUUCCAGCUGUUUCUGGAUGAGCUGCACGAGCACGGGCAGUUGCACUCCAUGUCCUCCUGGAUGGAAUUGUACCCAGCCAUCAGCUCCGACAUCAGAUUCACCAGCAUGCUCGGCCAGCCUGGAUCAACGGCACUUGACCUGUUCAAGUUUUAUGUGGAGGAUUUAAAGGCUCGUUACCACGAUGAGAAGAAGAUAAUUAAAGACAUCUUAAAGGAUAAAGGAUUUGUGGUGGAGGUGAACACUUCCUUUGAGGAUUUUGUCACUGUCAUCAGCUCCACCAAAAGAGCCACCACGUUGGAUGCAGGGAAUAUCAAGCUGGCUUUCAACAGUCUGCUGGAGAAGGCGGAAGCGCGGGAGCGCGAGCGGGAGAAGGAGGAGGCGCGGAAGAUGAAGAGGAAGGAGUCGGCCUUCAAGAGCAUGCUGAAACAAGCCACCCCCCCCAUCGAGCUGGACGCUGUCUGGGAGGAUAUCAGAGACAGAUUUGUGAAGGAACCAGCAUUUGAAGACAUCACCCUGGAAUCUGAAAGGAAAAGGAUAUUUAAGGAUUUCCUUCAUGUACUUGAGCACGAGUGUCAACACCACCACUCCAAGACCAAGAAACAUUCGAAGAAAUCCAAAAAACACCACCGCAAGCGCUCGCGCUCCCGCUCCGGCUCAGAGUCCGAGGAUGACGACAGCCACUCCAAGAAGAAGCGGCAGCGCUCGGAAUCGCGGUCGGUGUCGGAGCGUUCUUCCAGCGCCGAGUCCGAGAGGAGUUACAAGAAGUCCAAAAAACACAAGAAGAAGAGCAAGAAGAGGAGGCACAAGUCUGAUUCACCAGAAUCUGAUGCGGAGCGAGAGAAGGACAAGAAAGAAAGAGAGAGGGACAGUGAGAAGGAAAGAGCCAGACAGAGAUCCGAGUCCAAGCAUAAAUCUCCCACUAAAAAACGGCCUGGAAAAGAUUCCGGAAACUGGGAUACCUCUGGCAGCGAGCUCAGCGAGGGCGAGCUGGAAAAACAGAGGAGGACUCUUUUGGAGCAGCUGGAUGAAGAUCAGUGAGAAGAUCCUUGAUACCAAAAAUGUUUACAGGUGGCAAAAUAAAACCAAGCCUUGUGUGGGCAAGGCCCUGGGGCCAGAGGCCGGUGGCCCAUGGCCACAACAA